CCACGGCACCAGUCACAAGGACAUGAGUCAUUCCCCACUCGUUUUACCCUCGUUUCUCCGCCAUGGCCUCAUUCCGCCCCCACCAAUUUAUCUCAGCCAUGGGCGCUCCUUGAUCUCGAGGUCGCGCCGGAGCCUGGGUGCACGGCUGCGCUCUCCCUUCGCCGGCCCUCGCAUGGUAGAUCGAGGUCGCCGCCGCCCGAUCUCCCCGCCACGGGGUCGAUGGCCUCUUCCUCUCCGUCAGCACCGCCGGCCGAGCUCGAUUCCGGUGCAGUCGGAUUCAGCUGGGAGGCACACAGAAGAGCUAGCCGGGAUUCGGCAGGGAGGCGUGCACGAUCAGCUAUUGGAAUUGCUUCAGUCGAUCUGUCGAUGGAUGUUUUUUUACUAUCAAAAUAGUACUGAGGCCACAUCAAGCCACGACGACCGGCAUGAGUUCCCCACCACACGCGCGAGUUCUGACCCUCCGCUGGCUCGGUCCCCGACCACCCUACCUCCCUGCCGCACGCCCGCCCCUCUGCGUCCCUUCUCCGCCGGCGAGUGUGAGAUGUUUGAGCACAUGCAUCUUGGCUCCUGCACAUUCCGAAGCCCAGCUAAAGCAUAAACAUGUUGAAUCUCGGAAUCUGGACAUAUUGAUAUGUUCACACCACAUACAUUGGCAUUACUCGCCUUCAGCCUGGUCGUCAGCCUUCGACGCCAUGGAAGCCAUGGCCGCCGUACGCACCGACAGCACCUGCGUAGCAGAGAGGAAGAUACCAAAGGACAACUCAAUAAAGAUGCCAUCGCACGUCAACUCAGUAGUCGGCGCGACGGCAUCCGGGCUCGAGCGGGCACGUGGGAAAGCUGACAGUGGGGUGGGACUGUGGUCUACCAGAGACUUGAUUUACUUGAUAGUGUACCAGUGGAUCUCGGCGGCCGGGCAGCGCUGCAGCAGGGACGGGCGUGGACAAUCCUUUGAAGAUGGCGUGUACCUGCGGUGGUACCAGCAGAUUGUUUUACAUGAUAGCUUUAGAUCACGAAGAUAUCACAUCUUGAAGGAAAUUCUUAUUAUGGCUUGUACCUCCAGGGUACCGGUAGAUCUCGGCGGCUUUUCUGCAGCAGCGACAUGCGCGACGAUCAUCUAAAGAUGUUUGAAGAUCGUCCCAGCGUGAUUCAUGUCGCAUGAUUUAAUUCCUGAUGCGGUUGGUACCUGGGCGAGGUGAUGCCGUUGAGGCGAUGGGCUGAGGUCGGCCCAUGUUGAUGCCUGGCCCAGGCGGGUGGGCGACGAAGGGAUGGGAGACGGACGACCAAAGAGAACGACGAAAGGAGGGGGAGAAGGGGGAACACGUUCCUUCUUUUUAAGUAGUAGAGAUUCCUACGACUAUGGUUUUGUUAAACCCUUGAAUGAGUAUAGUUUUGUUAAAUUUCCCACUUUUGCUUACGUUGGUGUCUUGAAAAUUCAACCAAACAUAUGCACUCUCUCAAUUCUAAAUAAGUGACUCAAUUUUUCUA